GCGAGAGAGAGAGAGCGAGAGAGAGCGAGAGAGAGAGAGAGAGAGAGAGAGAGAGAGAGAGUAAAGUGACCCGCUGGUUCCUACGGACUACCGUCGAUCCGAGGCUCUUACCGGAAUACAGCGAUCACCGAUCUCCCCCCGCGCCGCUCUGCUCUCAGUCAGGUGUGCGCGUGUCGUGAAAGAGAAGAAGCGCACUUUGUAGAGGCGGAGAACAUGGACGGAUCACCGGGGACCGACGCCGACAGGAGCGGAACACCGACGCGACGCACACGCGCAUCCGACGCUCUGCUGGCCGUCUUCAUCAUGAGUCUCGACGUCUCCAUCAUCCAGGCGUCUUCGCUUCAUUUCUCCGAGGAGCCCCAGUCUCAGGAUGCGUUACACGGCCGCAGUGCUAUCCUGCGCUGUGAGCUCAGCGGCCCGGAGGACAUGCGGUUCUGGUGGACGCAGGACGGCCGUCGCGUGCAGGACUCGAGCCGCCGCUUCCAGGAGGGCAGUAACCUGAAGUUCACGGCGGUGGACCGUCAUGCAGACACCGGCAGCUUCCAGUGUGUGGCAUCCAGCAGCUCCACCGGAGAGACCCUGACCUCCGCCAGCGCCUCCAUCAACAUCAAGUGGCUGGAGAGGGGGCCAAUUACAAUGAACGAACCCACCUCAGAGGCGGAGCUAGAGGAGGCUGAGCGAAUCGUGCUGCAGUGUCACAUUGAUGGACAUCCACGGCCGAGCACUAAAUGGUUCAAAGAUGGAGUUCAGCUGGACAGAAAGGACCGGAUCAUGACCCUGACCAACCUCAGCACAGGGGAUUCUGGGAAAUACUCCUGCUGUGCUCAAAAUGCUGCUGGAAAAGUGUGCAGUAACAACAACAUCACCCUCAAUAUUUUUGAUAAGUCGGUUCCCCGUGUGCUGGUGGCUCCGGUGGAUCAGGUGGUUCUGCGUAACGAGGAGGCCGUGUUUCACUGUCAGUUCAGAGCCAAGCCGCCGCCGCUGAUCGAGUGGUUCCAUGAUGCAGAACCCGUCGUCAACAAAUCACAGGUUGUGGUUUACGCUAACGGCACACUGCACAUCAGUCAGGUGAAGCAGCGCAGCACAGGUGUGUAUAAAUGUGUGGCUCAGUAUGGAGAAAACAAACAAGUACAUGUGGAGGCAGCACUCAGGAUCGCAGAGAUUGCAGAUAUGGGCGAGCGCUUGCGGCGUGUGUUCUCUGCGGGCCGCGUUGAGCGUGUGCGCUGUGAUCCGCCGCGGGGUCAGCCGGAGCCGCAGGUGUGGUGGGAGCGUGCGGGAGCUCGUGUGGCGUCUGAGGGUCGAGUCCAUCAGCGGGACGGAGAUCUGAUCUUCAGCCCCACGGACGGAUCAGACUCGGGCGUCUACACGUGUGUCGCCCGCAACACGGCUGGACAGAAGCAGCAGGAGCUCGUGGUCACUGUCGCCACCUCUCCAGAAUGGAUCGUUCAGCCGCAGGACACACACGUGGAGGAGGGUCAGCCGGGUUUCCUGCACUGUCACGCACGAUCCACGCCUGAACCACGGGUCACAUGGUACCGCAAGAGCGUCCCGAUCAGUGAGGAGAGCUCUCGUUAUAAGCUCUUCUCUAACGGGACGCUGAGGAUCAACAGCGCAGAGGUGAAUGAUGCUCAGACGUACAGCUGUGUGUGUGAGACGGAGGCCGGAGCGCUCAGCGCACACGCACGGAUUCACAUACUGGAGAAGCUGAAGUUCACUCCCGUCCCGCAGCCGUCGCAGUGUCUGCAGCUGGACAGAGAGAGCAGCGUGAGCUGUGUGGCUACAGGACGAGAGACGCCCAUCAUACACUGGAGCAGAGCAGACGGCGCUGAUCUCCCGUCUCACGCCAGUCAGAUGAACGGAGUUCUGCGCUUCAGUACAGUGACCCGCGCUGAUGCUGGAAACUACACGUGUGUGGCGUCCAGCAGCACGCAGGGAGAGAUACGAGCUCAUGUCCAUCUCACUGUAGGAGUUCACGUGGAGUUUAAGCUGGAGCCGGAGCAGACCACAGUCUAUCAGGGUCACACAGCCGUGCUUCACUGUCAGGCGUCAGGUGACCCGCAGCCGUACGUCCAGUGGAUGCUCAAAGACAAACUACUGAGCAGCAGCAGCUCCAGCAGGUUUCAGAAGAUGCCCAAUGGCUCUCUGGUCAUUAGUAACGUGACCACUGAGGACACAGGUGUGUACACCUGCAUUGCAGGAAACACCUGCAACAUCAGAGACACAGCAGCGCAGCUCUAUGUUGUGGAGAAGCCUGUGCACCCACGCAGUGAAGACGAGGAUAAGAGUCAGUUUAAGAUGUUCCAGACCAUCGCUCUGUCGGUGGCCGUGGCUGUGGCGUACAUCAUCGCUGUGCUGGGACUGAUGUUCUACUGCAAACAGAGACGCAAGAACAAACGGCUGGAGAAGAACCGCGCCGGAGAAGAGCCCGAGACGGAGUGUCUGAACGGUGUUCAUCUGAACGGACACAGGAUGUCUGAGAUCCAUGAAGAAGUGGCUUUAACCAGCGUGAGACUUUCAGCAAACUCAGAGAAACAGCAGAGCUGCAGUGACAAGCUGCACUUUCCCAGAGCGCACCUGCAGACCAUCACCACACUGGGUCGUGGUGUGUUCGGCGAGGUGUUUCUGGCUAAAGCGAGGGCGAUAGAGGAGGCCGAGCCGGAGACACUGGUGCUGGUCAAGAGUUUAGAGAGCCGAGAGGAGACGCACCGAGCCGAGUUCAGACGAGAGCUGGAGAUGUUCAGCAAACUCAAUCACGCUCACGUCGUACGUCUGCUGGGGGUCUGCAGAGAAACCCAUCCUCAUUACAUGAUCCUGGAAUACGUGGAUCUGGGAGAUCUCAAACAGUUCCUCAGGAUAUCAAAAAGCAGCGAUGAGAAACUCAAGCCGCAUCCCAUCAGCACUAGAACUAAAGUCUCCAUCUGUGCUCAGGUGGCUCGUGGGAUGCAGCAUUUAUCAAAGAAGGGUUUUGUGCAUAAGGACCUGGCGGCCAGGAACUGUCUGAUCAGCGGACAGAGACACGUGAAGGUGUCUGCGCUCAGUCUGAGUAAAGACGUCUAUAACAGUGAGUACUAUGAGCACAGGCAGGUGUGGAUCCCGCUGCGCUGGCUGUCGUCUGAGAGUGUGUUUGAGGGAGAGUUCUGCAGUAAGGCAGACGUCUGGGCGUUCGGGGUGCUGAUGUGGGAGGUGUUCAGUCUGGGCGAGCUGCCGUACCCCGAGCUCAAUGACCAGCAGGUGCUGGAAGGUCUCCAGGCAGGUACUCUGCGUUUGUCUCCUCCAGUGAACUGUCCUGCUCACGUCUGCAGUCUGAUGAGCCGCUGCUGGGCGUCCAGCCCUAAAGAACGGCCCACAUUCAGCGAGAUCCUUCAGAUUCUGACUGAUUCCUCCACAGACACCAAAGUCUAGAGGAUCACGACUGCAAUCAGAGACUCAAUCACACACAUUUCAGACGUGAGAGUCUGCUCCGAGACUCGCUCAGGAUCAAACACGCUUCUGUCCCAUUAAUGAUCUGUUUACGCUUCUGUAGAAGCUCCUUCCUCUCACUGGAGCCUCAGGGACCCCGGGGAUGAACUUUGACCUCUACAGCGCAGGACAAUCGCAGAUACAUCAGGUUACAGACACAGGAGGAGGUACUGCACACACAUGAUGCUGGAAUCACCUCACGCCUGCGGCUCUCGUCUCGCACUGGAAUCAGCAGUGCUUACAGUGUGUGUAUGAGUGUGUGUGUGUGUGUGUGUGUGUGUGUGUGUGCGUGUGUGUGCAUGUGUGAGUGCAUGCGUGCGAGUGUGUGAGUGAGUGAAUGUGUGCAAGUGUGUGUACUUGUUUAUGCUACAUUGUGGGGAUAAAAUGUCUGGAAAAGUCCCCACAAUUCACAAAAACAUGUAUGUGUAUGUGUGUGUGUGUGUUUUCACAGGAUGAUGUUGUCAAGAAACACAUCAGUAGUGGAGUUCAGUCACUUGUAUAUGGGAAACAGAGAUUAAUGAAGUUAGAGAUUGACAUACAAAGCUGUACUAUGAUAAGAAAAAUCACUAAUUAACCUGUUUUUGUGUGUGUGUGUGUGUGUGUGUGUGUGUGUGUGUGUGUGUGUGUGUGUGUGUGUGUGUGUGUGUGUGUGUGUGUGAUGACAGAGAUUUUUGUCAAUGGUAAUAUGAUCUUUGUUUCUCUGAGGUGCUCACAGGUGACUGUGUUAUUGUAAUAAAGAAAUAUGCAACACCUCAGAUUGCGAACAUUUCUAAGCCAUGAUUAAUCACAUAUUAUUGUAAUUCGUAGUUCACUGUCCGUCUCCUCAAAAUCCUUCUGGAUUGUUUUCUGACAAAAUUAGAUGAUACGCAGAUUACACUUGUGUUGUGAUUAGAUCAGCGGUUCUCAACCAGGUCCAGUAGGGGGGGGGUCUCAAAAACAUUAUUUAAAAUAAGACCAAAAAAAGCAUUAAAACAGCUAAAAAUCAAGCUAUUUUUAUUUAAUUUCCCUGCUUUAACAACUGUUUUUUUUUUUUUUUUUUAACCAGAAAGGGAAAUGUCAUUUUUUCUCGUCACGCGAGUCACAUAAACUGGUUUAAAACAGGAGGAACCCUGAAGGACAUUCAGCUCCUAAAACUUCUGGAAUCGUGAAAUUUAAUGCACAGAAAUCCAGAGAGUCCAUAGAUCAAAAUAAAUAAUAAAAACUUUUGCAUGGAGUCAUGAAGGUUGAGAAGCGCUGAUGCAUGAUGUCGUUUAAGGACUGUGUGAGUUUAUGAUGAAGGUUUUGUGAUUUUAAUGCGGCCCGUGUUGGUUUAAUUCAGCCUCCUGCAGCAGAAACACAUCCUGGACUGUUUUCAUCAGGUGAACGGAUACAAAUCAACUUUGACUUUUACAACUGAAAGUGCCUAGAACAUGAAGGACUUAUUUGCUUGUUUUUUUUACAGUAUCUUUUGUAACGCAGUUAAUGCUUGUUGUUUUUAAGAACUGCUUUUAUAUGAUCUUUUCAUAUGUAUUUUUAUUAUUAUUAUUAUUAUUAUUGUUGUUAUUUGUUUUUAAUCUCUGUGAUCAUCGUCACUGUCUGUUCAUGGUUAUUUUUAAGGCAGGUUCUCACAUUGUGAUGAUUUUAUAUUCUGCUUUAUAAAGGUCACAGUCAUCCAGAUGUAAUGCUGCUCUCAUUAAACAGUCAUGUUUUUAACA